AUGACAGACUCGACCAAAGUGGUCGGCUGGAUUCCUACAUUAGAUGGUGUCCCUCGCUUGCUUCCCAAAGCCCUUCCUACGGCCGUCAGGGUCCUACGCGCCGCGUCGCCUUGCUCGGUUCCUGCAGGGUCCCUGCCACACCACCCAUACUCAGGCCACAUCGCGCCGCGCAACGCAGCACCUCGGACAGCUCCGGGCGUGUCCCCGGGCGGUUCCUCCGGCGAGGCCUCCGAGUGUGUCCGUGGAUGGUUCCCCCGGGAGGGGCUUCCGGGUGUGUGCCCCCCGCCGCUCUCCUGGGCCGGUUCCCCGGACGCGUCCGUCGGGCCGGGCCUCCGAGCAAGCCCCCCGAGCUUCCUAGAGCGGCCGCAAGGGCCGGCGGCGCGGGGCGGGGCUUGCUGUGGGCGUGGCGCGCUUCCGACUCCGGCUCGUGGGCCCCGGCCGCCGGCGGGUGUGCGGCUCCGCGGCGCGCGCCUCGGGGCCUGGGGCGGGGCCGCGUGGUGGACGUCGGGCUCGUCGAGCCUUCCCUUCCGCCGUCGGCACGCCCAGCGGGCGCCGUGCUCUUCCGGCCCUCUGCAGUGGAAGGAGGCCCGCCGAAAGACGCGAGCCUCCCGCGGAAGGCCGCUUCCCUCUGCGGGGAGGCCGCUGGCGUGCAGGGACGGACCCCCCGGCAAGCUGGCACUGCUUCCUCAGGACCUGCCCACAGAGCCGCAGGCCGUCGGCAGCCCGCCGAGGCGGCUCUGCAGCCGCUGUGACACGGCCCUGACCUUGACGUCUUCGGACACCCGGCGUGCAGCCUCCUUGCGUCCUGCCGAGUCCCCCGCCCACCCGUCCCAUGACCUUGAGGAUGGAGCACAGAGUGAGGAGGAGCAGAAGCGGCCGUGGUUCGCGAGGGUGGGCCAGACUGCCACGCGGGACCAGGCCUGUCCUAGGGAGGAGAUGGGCUAUCAACACGAGUCCAGAAGCAAAGCCAGCGCCACCAUGAGCCUGGUGACCCACCAGGAGGAGUCGGAUGUGCUGAGGCAUCGGAGGAUCCAGCCUGGCGAGAGGCCGUUCGCAGGUGCGGAUGCGGCCAGGCCUUCGGGCCCUACGCCUGCCAGCCGAGCGCCACGCCUUCGGGGCCGUGCGGGGCUUCUUACGCCCCUGGCCGGGAGAGCCGUUCCGCUGCGCACCCUGAGCUCGGGCUCGCGGUGUCCCUGGAAUGGCCGAAGGUACCACACCUGCGAGCCGGGGCCAGAGGCUGGGCAGCGCGAGCUCUCCUCCAAGGGGAAGCUUCCUGACCCUGACCCCCGCUGUCCCUUACCUCGGCCUGCCUCCUUACCCCAUGGCGCGCCCCCUUCUCCACUGGCACCGCUGCCUGCCUCCUUCAUUCGUUCCCCAGUCAGCUCGGCCACCGAACCCACUGACUCCCCUAACCUCAUCCCUGGAGCCGGCUGGAGGCGAUGGAGUCCAGGCGGGGAUGGCUGGGAGGCCCCUGGGGGCGGGGGCGCCGCACUGUCGCGACAGGGAACCGCCUUGCGGAUAGGCCGGAGGGGAUGGGGGUGGGGGCCGGCCUCCAGGGCAAUUGAGCACACAGUCCUCCGACGGCCUAGAGCGUCGCCGGAAGUGCGCGCAGCGGACGUGGGAGGCGGCGCUUCCGGCGGCGGUGUGGCGGUAGGUUUUCAGCAAGGAGGACCCCCGGGCCUGAGUCCCCAGGACGCCACAGAGAGAGCUGCCCUGAUGGAUGCAUGCCCAGCUUCCUCAGCACAGGUGCCAGAUGGUGGCCAGGCUUCCGGCAGUGCAGCUCCAGCUGCCAAAUGUGGGGCUCGGAGCACAGGGUCAGCACCAGAGCAGGAGACUUCAGAAGUGGGGUGCAGUGGGGAGUGUGCACCAGGGCCGCCCCAGGCACGGGGACUUCUGGACCGUCGUGGGACUGAGGACACUGGAGAGAAGCUCAGGGUUUCCCCCUGGGGACCAGUAAUUUACAAGGAAACUGGAGGGCAGGGGGGCCGGGAGCACCCUGUGUGCGGGUCAGAGGCCACCCUGCACGGCGGCUCCCUAGCAGACCGGGGGGGGCCCUGGAAAGGGCGGCCUUACCAGUGCAGCAGCUGCGACAGGAGCUUCAAGUGCUACUCAGACGUGGUGAAACACCAGAGCACGCACUCGGGGGGGAAGCCCUACGAAUGCAGCGACUGCGGGAAGGCCUUCAUCCACAGCUCGCACGUCGUCAGGCACCAGCGGACUCACCACGGGGAGAGGCCGUACGUGUGCGGGGAGUGUGGGAAGGCCUUCAGCCAGAGCUUCAACCUCGUCAGACACCAGAGGACGCACACAGGAGAGAAACCUUACGCGUGCACCGAGUGCGGCAAGGCCUUCAGCCAGAGGUCGGAUGCCGCCAAGCACCAGCGGGUGCACACUGGGGAGAGGCUGUAUGGGUGCGGGGAGUGUGGGAAGGCCUUUGUCCACAGCUCCAAUGUUGUUCGGCACCGGAGGACCCACCACGGGGAGAAUCCCUAUGUGUGUGGGGAGUGCGGGAAGGCCUUCAGCCAGAGCUCCAACCUCAUCCAGCACCAGCGGGUCCACACGGGCGAGCGGCCCUAUGCAUGCGGCGAGUGCGGCCGCGCCUUCAGCCGCAGCUCCUUCCUGCGGGAGCACCGGCGCAUCCACACGGGCGAGAAGCCCCACCAGUGUGGCCACUGCGGCCGUGCCUUCCGGGCGCUGUCAGGCUUCUUCCGGCACCAGAGGGUCCACACCGGGGAGAAGCCUUUCCACUGCGGCAAGUGCGGCCGAGCCUUCCGCCUGAGCUUUCAUCUGAUUCAGCACCGGCAGGUUCACGGCGAUGAGUGAGCCUGCUGGCGAGUGUGCACCCUGGAGGUUCAGCUUUCUGCCUGCGUGGACGCCCCCAGUGUUUGUGCCGCCCUGCCCAGCAGUCAGAGGAGACAGGAGUCCUGGGGAAGGCAAGCUUCUUAGAUGGGAAGCCGGUAGCUCUGAUGGUGGCACGCAUGUCCAGGUUAAUUGCAUAGUACUUUUUUCCUUAGGUAUAACUUGCAUGUGGUAAAAUGCAUAGAUCUUAAGUAUGGGUUUUAUGAGUUCUGACAGACAUAACCUGUUUGGACCUGUAUAACCACCACUCUAUCAAAGUAGAGGAUUCCCAGCACUUGGAAAGUCCUGUGUCCCCUCCAGUCAGCCCUCAUCCACGGGCUGCUAAUGACCUUGUGUCCAUCACUAUAGUUUGGCUUGUUCUAGAACCUUACGUAAGUACAACAGUAUGACAUACUGCACUCUUUUGUGUCUGACCUCUUUCCCUCUGCUUGAUGUUCCUGAGAUUGAUCCACAUACCAGUAGUUUUGGUUCAUUCCCGUAGAACUUCCUAAAGGCGUGAGUCCCUCCCUACCUUGUAUCAAAGCUGUACUUUAUGUCUGUGUCUCCCCACCAAAGUGUAGCUCCUUGUAGCCAGAAUUGUGUUAGUACAGCUGACACAGAAGAGGCACUGCACCAGAGAGGAAGUAAAUACGGGGGGCACUGUGAAAGGCAGGCGCAGAGGCAGCACAGGCUUGGCUAGGCAGGGGGGACACUGAUCCGCUUGUCUUCACGCCACCUCAGAGCACACAGCGUGCAGAAUUCAGCCUCGUGACGGUAGUACAAGCGGGAAGUCUGAGCUAUUUGUACUUUGAACGAACCAUCCUUGAGCACUGAGCCGUCCCAGCUCAAUGGCAGUCUUGUUGGAAACACGGCCACCAUCCGUCUGUGCCCAAGGACUCUGCAGGUGAGAGGCAACAGCUGAGUAAGCAGUGCCCAGUGGAAGUCACGAUAGGAGGGGACACAGGCGAGGAGCACAGGAGGGCUGGGGCUGGGGGAGGUGGGCUGUGCUCCCGGGAAAGUGUGUCCGGGAUGGCUCCCAAAAGACUUAGUCAGCGGGCAGAUUAGAUGUGUACAAAGCACAGGUCAGAGUGCACCAGGGGAAUGUGAGAGUCUAAGAAAUGUGCUAUGGGACCUUAUGAUCUGUGGCUGGAGACAGAAGACAAAAACUAAUAUAAAGCAACAGUCU